GAAUGGUCAAACACUUGCAAAUAAAUAUGUUAAGUAUAUAUUAGUAUAAGUCGUCUUCGUGCGUCCAACGUGGUUAUAAUUAUCUUUUUUUUUAGUAACCUUUCUUUUCACGUGGUUUAACAAAAUGGCUAGUGACACUCAAGAGGAGUUUUGGGGUUGUGUUUUAACAAAGGAUAAAAAAGAGUUUACUUGGGAUCCACAGACAGAUAGUGAAGCUGAUGUUGAGCACAAACUUCAAUUGAGCACUGCUUGUCUGGGUUUUAAAGCAAAAGAAAAUGAGCGCAAUCUCGUUGAAGUGACCACGGAAGACAAUAAUGGGAAAGAUAUUACAUGUCCAAUUGUAGUUCUUAGAGUUGGUGGUAAAGAGUGUGUGCACAUUGAUUUAGGUUUUACAAAUAAAACAAAGUUUAUCCUUAAAGAGGGUUCAGGUCCUUUGGCUCUAUCUGGUGUUCAUUUGCAAGCUCUUCCUCUAGAUUUUGAAGAUGAAGAGGAUGAAAGUGAAGAUGACGAAGUUCCUAAGCUUGUUCAAUCAAAGGAAACUAAAACGGAAAGUAAAGCAGAAACUAAAAAGCCUGUGGCAGCUGAUGGAGACAAAAAUGCUGUUAAAGAUGCCAAAGAAGAAACAAAAGUUGCUGAGACUAAAGCUAUCAAACGACCAGCACAAGAUAAAUCCAGUAAUGAUGCUAAAAAGAAAAAGGUUGAGCCUGUUGUAGCUGCUGAUAAUGAAGAAGAAAGCAGUGAUGAAGAAAUGCCCAGCCUUCUGGAUAAUGAAGCAGAAGAAGAAGAUGAUGAAGAUAGUGAUGAUGGUGAUGAUGAGCCUGAAGAUGGUGAUGAUGUAGAUUCAGAUGAAGAUGAGGAGGAGGAAGAUGAAGAAGAAGAUGAUGAGGAGGAGGAAGAUGAAGAAGAGAGUGAGGAAGAGUCUCCUGUUAAAAUAAAUAAAAAAACACCUCAAAAACAACAAAAUGGCAAACCUGCCCAGACUGAAAAUAAAACUCCUUCAAAUCAAAAAGUUUCUGACAAAAAAACCCCUGGUAAAAAGGAUGCAGCCAAAACACCACAAGGAAAAAAGGAAAACAACACUCAAAAGACACCACAAUCUAAAAAGGAAGCAAAAACACCACAAGCUAAAAAGACUCCUGAUGAAAUAAAACAGAUGCUACUCAAGUCUCCGAAUGUUCCAAAGACCUUUGAUAAAUUUGUUAACUUUAUGAAAAAUAAUAUGAAAGUUGUUGACCAAACUACGCAAAAAGAAUUUUGGGAUUAUGUUCAGAAAAAUAAAAAGUAAAAUAUACAUUUGAAGUAAUUGUAAAUAAUGUCGAGGCAUGUUUUUGGAAUUCAUUUUGCUAUCUAGUGGUGUUAAAUUCAACGAUGAAAUUUAUAUGCGAAAUGUGAGGUGUUGACGCGAUCCUUCAAAGAAUUAAUAACUGUUAAACGGAUUUGUUUUGUUCAGAAUGAUCUAGGUUUAUAUGAGAAUGGAAAUUCUGUGAAAGAAUACGGCGAUAACUUUUUACUGUUUAUAGUGAAGAAAGCCUUUUUUUAA